GUGCCAUCGCGUGGCGUGAGGGCGGUACUGCAGCCUCCUGUCCUCCACUGGCCCUUUAAGACAGAGACAGACAACAGCCGAGCGCGUCGAUGCCGCGCUUACAUUUCAACGCGAAUUGACGCCGCGACUGUUGCUAAGCUUAUUUCAUUUAACUGAGAUUUUUUUAAUGCUACCCUGUGUGCUUAAAGGUUUCUCAUAGCGGUGAGGACAGGUGGCACCGUGCUCCGUAGGUUGGCUUUCUGGAGCGUAAUUGAUUCGCAGAAGGACGGAAAUAAGAACAAUCAAUGGAGGACAAACGCAAGAAGCGCAGUCCCAAGGUGUCUCUCCCCCAGCCUCCUCCUCCUCCCAUCAACCCCAGGAAGCUCUCCGUUCUGCCCGCCAGCAAAAGCGCCACCUUCUCCCUCGGCCUGCCGCAGCCCCCCUCUCCCAAGAACAGAAGCAAGUACAAAAGGUCGAUAGGCGCUCCGGGACAGCCAAAGGAGGUGUUCACGGCUGUUGUAGCUCCACCCAAAAUCACCAGACCUCACAGGGAGAAACCCCGGGCCCCACAGCCGGCAGGGCCCAGCAAAGUUGUCCAGUCGUCCCCCCUGCAGCACUCUUUCCUUACAGACGUUUCGGAUGUGAGAGAGAUGGAGGGGGGCCUCCUCAACCUCCUCAACGACUUUCACUCAGGCAAAUUACAAGCUUUCGGAAAAGUCUGCUCGUUUGAGCAGCUGGAGCACGUGCGGGAGAUGCAGGAGAAGCUGGCCAGACUGCACUUCAGCCUGGACAGCCACGUGGAGGAGCUCUCUGAGGACCAGAGGAAAUGCGCCUCUGACCACAACCUGGAACACCUGCUUUCUAAUCUGGAGGAGCUCAGCACCUCGAUACAAAAGCUCCACCUGGCUGAGAACCAGGACCUGCCAAAGAACUCCGGUCCAUGACACGUCCGACUUCAAACCGCCAUUGAUCAAGAUUGAUCAAUCAGGGGGGUGGAAAAGGUCUACCAGAGGAGCUAUUUCUCCUCUGACUAAAAGCCGUACAUCCUUAAAUCCAUCCUUAACCCAAAUGAUAAAUCCCUUCUUCAACAGCACAAAAGUGACUGGAUGGUUUGUUCUGCACUGAGAUCAAACUCGAUCUAGAUUUCUGAACAGUUUUGUGCAUCAGAAACCAUCAACAAGCAGCCUUAACUCUCAGAAUACCCCUCCCUUAAAUAAAAAAAGCACACUUUAUAAGAGCUCCUAACAUUCAUGUGCUGUAAUUUAUGUUUUCUUCUGUCAAAAAGCUUAAAAGUGCUUAUAUAUUUAAGUUUUCUCCCCAAAAAAGACAAAACCACUGUGCUUUUACAAGAUUUCUUAUUCUAAAAGCUAAAAUCGCUCCUUUUUCUACAUUUGCUGAAAAGCGAUAUAAGCAGGGUUAAUGUUUUUAUGUUUAGCAUUUACUCUCUGGAAUGAAGCCCAGUGCAAAUGAAAUGCUUUCAAACCACAAACUCUCAGAUAAUCUGUUCUAUUAUUUAGAGUCUCUUUUCAUUUCUACCAGAAACACAUGAGCCGCUCUGCAGUUAGACAUAAUUAUUUGUGCCAUUUACAAAAAAAUAAAAAUGGCAGCUUAGAGAUUAUUAUACAUGAAGAACGUUUCAUUAAUACACGGCCCAUUAUACUGAUAGUUUCAUAGUUUUGAUGUUUGUCCUUUUAUGUUUUAUUGUAAGGAGAUUACAUAUUUUUAGUGUACUUUACUGCUUUAAAAAUGGAUAUUUGAUAGUAUUGAUUAAUAUUAAAGCACAAGGAGAAACAAAUAUAGAAUUGUUAGUGUUUGUGAGAAGAAUUUAUUCACCUCUGAUGGAACCGCCUAACUUUUCAUUUUGCGCUUUUUAAACUUUAUUUAAAAAGGAAAUAUUUGAUUGAUAGAAACACAAACUGCUUUCUGAUAUAAUACAGUAAAAAAUAAAAAAAUUAAAGCAUG